AUGACCCACCACUGCAGAUCCUCCGGUCUCUGGAAGAUCGUGGUGUGGGAUGAGGCUUUCUUCCAGGGCAAGAAGCACGAGUUCACCGCCGACUGCUACAGCACCUCAGAGCACGGCUUCAGCACCGUCCGCUCCUGCAAGAUCGAGAGUGGGGCGUGGGCAGGCUUCGAGCACUGCGGCUUCCAGGGGCAGCAGUUCGUGCUGGAGCGUGGUGAGUACCCAUGCUGGGAGGCAUGGAGCGGCAGCAAUGCUUACCACGUGGAGAGGAUGUGCUCCUUCCGCCCCAUCGCCUGCGCCGACCACGGGCGCAGCAGGCUGGUGGUGUUCGAGCAGGAGAACUUCCAGGGCCGGCGGGGGGAGCUGAGUGACGACUGCCCCUCGCUGCCCGCGCUGGGCUGGGGUAGCAGCGCCGUGGGCUCCUUCCUGGUCCGCUCUGGAGCGUGGGUCUGCUCGCAGUACCCGGGCUACCGGGGCUUCCAGUACCUCCUGGAGAGCGACAGCCAUGCGGGCAGGUACAAGCACGUGCGGGAGUGGGGCUCCCACGCGCAGACGGGCCAGGUCCAGUCCAUCCGCAGAGUGCAGCAGUGA